AUGCAUACUGAAGAAACUAAAGAGAAGCGCGAUACCCCAAUUGGUGCCAAUAAUUCCAUCUAUGUUGGUGAUUUACCCAACAAUAUUACAGAAUCUGAUUUAUUUCAACUCUUUUCAUCAGUUGGUCAGAUCUUUACUAUAAACAUACCCAGAAAGGAGUCUACUAAAGCCAGAGUCUAUGCUUACGUAACCUUCUUUGACUCUUCGUCCGUAUCUCAAGCGAUUGAGAAUUUCAACUUCUAUUCCGUUCAUGGCUGUCAAAUCAGAGUUAUGCCCCUUAAUAAAGAGAUUGUAGUAGGUAAUAGAGAUGCCAACGUAGUAGUAAAGAACUUACCUACUACUACGGACAAUCAAUCCCUCUACGAUACAUUUUCUAGAUUUGGUAAGAUAAGUAGUUGUAAAGUUCAACAAAAUGCAGCUGGUGAAUGUACUGGAGCCGGUUUUAUUCAGUUUCAGGACCCUAAAGUAGCUGCUAUUGCUAUUGAAAUGAUCAAUAAGUUAUCUAUUGGUGAUAAAAGACUAGUAGCCGUUAAAUGUAUUCCUAGUGAUCAAAGACGUAGUAAAAAGGAAGAGAUAAACAAAGUAUUCACUAACGUAUAUGUUAAAGGCUUCCCUAAAGAGGUAGAAGAGAGUGAUUUAAGACAAGUACUUGAGCAGUACGGUGAAUUAACUUCCUUUUUAGCCCCUAGAACGGAAAGUGGGGAAAUGCGUGGCUUUGUCUUUGCUAAUUAUGCUGAACAUAGCAGUGCAGUAGCAGCUAUUGCCGGUUUACAUGGCCAGAACUAUCCAGGCACUGAUAACGUACUUUACAUACAAAGGGCUAAGCCUAAGAAUGAAAGAGAAGAAGAACUAGCUGAAAAGUACGCUGGACUUAUGGAAUCAGCCGUUAAUCGUAAUGUUUAUGUAACGAACUUAAGUCCUGAAGUGACUGAUGAGAGUUUAUUAGCACAUUUAGCCGUUUAUGGUCCAAUUGUUUCGCAUAAGUUAGGUCGAGAUGAGAAGAAUGCCCGGGCCUAUGCUUACGUCUGUUUUGAGAGUAAAGAAGCAGCUGCGGCCGCUGUAAAAGGUGCUAAUGGUACAGAGUUAGGCGGACGAGUACUGGAUGUGACUUUCUUUAAGAGUAAACGGACUCGAGAGAUGGAGAAGACUAUGGCGGCUUACAGUGCCUAUUCAAACGGGUACGUGCAUAAGGGGAAGAGGAAGAGUGAAAGUACAACGGGAUAUGAGUUGUAUACUUUGAUCUUAUCUUUAGCCCCGAGUUAUACUGAGAAGAUUGCCCAAGCCGGAUUCAGUUCAGAUGAAGAGUUUGCGAAGAAGAUAACUGGGAUGAUUUUGGAGUUGGGACCGGAAGAGGUCAAACGGGCCUCAGUACUCGGGAACGUGCUAUCUCAUUACGUCGAGGAGUCCCUUGAAGAGAUUAUUAUGCACCGCCGCCAGGAAACACUAGAAUAA